AUGUCUAUCCUCUCUAACCCCCGAACGCUCUACUUUACCCGCAUCGCUCAGUUCCUCUUCGGCGUCGGUUUCCUCAUCCUCAUCUGCUACUCCGGCGUUCAUCGCGGCUGGUGGACCUCCAUCGAUGGGCCCCUCGCCGUCGGCGUCAUAGCUUCCAUCUUCACUUUCGCUCUCACCUUACAUAAUCUUAUCACUCACCACAUGAAUAGCAAUCCGUUCUCUGGAGGUUCCGCCACACGGACUAUGAUAAGACUGGCAGCGGAGGCCCUGGUAUUCUUGCUAUGGAUUGCAACGGCCGUGCUGAUGCUGAGACAUAAGGGUGGAUGCCCUGAACCAGAUCAGACGACUGGAUACCCUAUGCACGAUACCAAGAACGAAGCUGGGCAGAAGGUCAAUAUCUGCGCGACCAGCGAAACGACCUCCUACCAGUGGACUGAUCAGCCGAGGACGGAGUGGAAUGUGGCUGUUGCUUUUGAUUUCAUUGAGAUUGUCGCCUUCAUCCUCUCCGCAUUGCUGGUCUUCAAGGACGACAGGGCGAGCAAGGUCUCGGGCGGGACGAGCUAUGCUUGA